ACCAUGAAGACCCAUGCGAGUGAGUAUUGUGUAUCUAACACAGUGCUGUCAAUAGCACGUCAACUGGGCAAAGGUAAACUUCACAGGGAGAGUCACAGCUAAUUAUAUUUCAGUUGUGCAAAUAAAGGAAGGCCGUUCAGUCUACGUUCUUCGUCUUUUGUCCAGCUUGUGUAAGCUAGUGGUAUGUUUCUUCUGAACAAUCGAAAAGCUUGAGAGCUUGCUGAAGUGUUAUUGGAAAGGGUUUCGGCUGAUCAGGGCCUACGUGCUUUAAAGACUGCCCAGAUGGAUGUUUUAGAUGAAAAUGAGGCCUUGCAGCAGUUUUUUGAAGGUCAAGACAUCUGUCUCGAGAAUCCUUUGGUGGACACUAGUAUGCUGGAAGCCUAUAUUGGCAUUGAUUUAGAACCAGGAGCUGUAGCUUUACCAGAUUCACCCCCAGAUUCUGGAUCUGAGCGAUGGUCUCCCUCCCAGGUGGCAAAUGUGCAGAACGGUGGCAAGUGGACAACUGGAAUUAAUUCCCACAUUGCUCAAAUUUCUUCAAUGGGCCAUCAUAAAGCUCCACUUAGACUCAAUGAACUUGUGCUGCCUGCUCACUCUAGUCUACCAGAACAAUACAGACACAGUGGACUUCUGGACAAUUGUAUGAAACCUGAUGUGUCUGUUGUUUCCAGCAACAGUACAGUAUCUUCCAGCUGCUUGGCUGCACCAAACCUUCCUGUUCAGCAUAGAUCCAAUCACCAACCUGAGAUUUUGAUUCAGCAGCCAAAAAAGUGCAAGUAUUCAGACACUUGUGAGAGCACCCCUGAUUGUAUUUGGAAUAAUCUUCAAGACCAAGGAAGUUAUGUAAAUUCGGGAAACUACAACAGAGAAAUGUAUGGUUAUGAGACUGAGAGCCAAAAUGGAGCUUCGGUAGACCAGGGCUGUCAAUGUUUAAAAUGGCAACCUUUCCAGCACAGUCAAUGGCAAGCUAUGCAUAACAGCAGCUAUGUUGAAUUACAUACUCCUGGCUUCCAAGUAAAUGCAGACAAAGGAUUUCAUUUUUCAACAACAGACGAUUCAUUUGUUUGCCAAAAGAAGAAUCACUUUCAGGUCACAGUUCACAUCGGGAUGAUUGGACACCCAAAAUAUGUCAAAACACCUCUAGGCCUUAAACCAAUUGAAAUGAUUUUCUUGAAAGUAUUUGGUGUAAAAGCUGAAACUACAAAUCAGGUAAUCACCAUAGAACAGUCUCAGUCAGACCGCAGCAAAAGACCUUUCAAUCCUGUCAGGGUUGACCUCCCAGGAGAUCAAACCACUAAAGUCACUUUAGGAAGAUUACACUUUAGUGAAACAACAGCAAAUAACAUGAGGAAGAAAGGAAAACCUAACCCCGAUCAGAGGUAUUUCAUGCUUGUGGUCGCCCUGUACACAGUCAACCAGAAUCAGAAUUAUUUAUUAGUUGCUCAUGUGUCUGAAAGAAUAAUUGUACGGGCUUCAAACCCGAGUCAGUUUGAGAAUGACAGCGAGGUGGAGUGGCAACGAGGGGUUGUUCCCAACACAGUAGUCUGCCAUGGUUGCGUGGGAAUCAACACUGAUUCUCCGGACGAAGCCCUGGUUGUGUGUGGCAAUGUGAAGGUCAUGGGGACAGUCAUGCAUCCUUCGGACAGGCGGGCUAAACAGAACAUUCAAGAGGUCGAUACUACUGAGCAGCUCAAACGGAUAACACAAAUGAGGCUAGUGGAGUAUGACUACAAGCCCGAAUUCGCAUCCCAAAUGGGAGUAGAUAAUCCCCAUGAAACAGGUAUUAUAGCACAAGAAGUGAAGAGCAUCUUGCCCUCAGCUGUAAGGGAAGUUGGAGAUGUGACUUACACCAAUGGCGAAAAGAUUGAAAACUUCCUCAUGGUUGACAAAGAACAAAUUUUUAUGGAAAAUGUGGGGGCAGUGAAAGAACUGUGUAAAUUGACAGAUAAUUUGGAAAACAGAAUCCAAGAGUUGGAAGCCUGGAACAAGCGACUUGCCAGGUUGAAGCGAAUUGGCAGUCUGAAAUCCACAAUAAGUGAGAAAAGUAGCAUAAGUGUAUUUCCUAUGAAGGGUAACAUGUCACCACCAAACAAACCUGGUACUGCCAAGCGAAAGGCCUCGGUUGUCCAGAGGAAACAAGCCUGUUCUCUGCGGAAGAUUUUCCAUGCUGUAACCAUGACAUUACUCACUCUCAUGGCGUUCUGUGUUAUGUUGAUAUCUGCACUUUACAUACUAACCUUGAGUGAAGAGAUAAAUGAUAAUCACGACCACAUUAACAGCUCUAAUCCAAAUCCCCUUACAACAGCAGAAUAUACCACUUUUUCUCCACACACAUCAGCAGAGAAUGCAAGUUCACUUUAUACAACAGCAGUCGGUGGUACUGGAGUGCCUGAAAUAAGCUUCUGUGAUAUCCUGCCUUGUGUCAACAUACACUGUUGUCUGCCUCAAUCACAAAGAAAAACCCUUCCUAGUCACCACAGGAAGUUGAAUAUAAUUGAAGGUCAGCCUUCAAUUGAAGGGCAAGAGGCUUUGCAGCAAGAGAAGAAAGACAAACAAAUAUCAAAUAUGAAGGCGAGAUUACAAAGUGACUGGUUUGAUACGUCUGUUAGAUCAAUACAGAUUAUGGAAAGUCAGCAAGUUAUCGACCAGCGUUACUGCAUGAAAAACAAUGACAGUGGGCAUGGCAAUUAUAGUUACAUAAUUCCAAUCAACAAAUACACUCCACUGAAUAUGAGAAUUACUUUGCAAAUCAGCACUAAGGCAGCUUUGAUUGUUUACAAGUGCACAACAAUCCCUGGGAAGACAUGUCUAAGUACAAGCAUCAUAAGAGACUCAUCACAGGAAAUGUCUCAGGGAUAUUGGCACUUUUGGAUUCUGUCUGUUGCACAUCUCCAUGAAUGCAAAUACCACUUCCGUGCUGCCGCACCGGGGCUGGCAGACUGCAGUACUACUCAACACUUCGCUGGGAUACUCUAUACAGAUUACUACUUUUACUUUUAUCGGCAAUGCGGCUGAUUCAGGGGAGAAUCCUUGUGUGCGUGCUUGACUUGCAGUUAACAACGUGCCUUUUGGUGGAAUUGAGUUCUGUGCAUCUUGUGGCUUGUGUGUUCCAUGUGUAGCGUCUUUGUAUUUUCCUUUUUGUGUUUUCCAGCAACUUUUUUAUAGUCAUUCGAGAAGAAAAUGCAUGUUAUCAUUCGAAUAGUUUCACUUUUUAUGAGUCCUGUGUCAUCUGUCAAUGCUUCUUUUCUGUCUAACAAUUCCAAGGUUUCAACAGUCCAGCAGCAUCCUGGCCUGGACUGUAUAAAACAAUACAUCACAUGGAAGAGAACUAUUUACAUUACAAAGAGAACCUCUGCAGAUUAAAAGAGUUAACAUAAAAUAUUUAAUAUUUUUUACUUAUGUAAAAUUGAUGAAUGAAUGGUAAAUAUGAAGUUGAAAAAAUCUGUAG